GAACGACUGGACGGAGUGACCGUACGCGCAGGCCGGCGAGAAGGCUCGUCGCCGGUUCCUCUACUCCGGCACUGCAUGUCCCGAUUUCCGCAAAGGUGCGUGCAAGAAGGGCGACUCGUGCGAGUUCGCUCACGGCGUGUUCGAGUGCUGGCUCCACCCGGAGCGAUACCGGACGCAGGCGUGCAAGGACGGGCAGAGCUGCCGCCGCCGCGUCUGCUUCUUCGCCCACUCCCCCGACCAGCUCCGUGUCCUCCCCCGCCAGCAGCAGCAGCAGCAGUAGCAGCACAGCCCCAAGAGCGCCACCGACUCCGAGUUCGGGUCCAUGGUCCGCCCCUGCGCCGCCGCCGCGGCCGCCUUCGACUCCUACUUCACCAAGCCGUGGUCGGCCUCCUUCAUAUCCUCGCCCACCUCGAUCCUGACCACCUCGUCGCCCCCGAUCUCGCCCCCGAUCUCGCCCCCGAACCAACGCGGCGGCUGCUGCGGGUCGCCCGGAUCGGUGAGCGAGCUGGUGGCAUGCAUGAGGAACAUGCAGAUCGCCAAGAUGAAGAUGAGCCCCUGCGGGCAGAUGGCGGGGUCCUCUUCGGGUCCCUGCUCCGACCCGGGUGCCACCUGGCAGCGCCGGUGACUCCGAGGGCCGAGUCGUCGCCGCGGUAUGGGCAACUCGGCGGCGGAGGCGGGCUCUUUGAUCUGGGGGAGUCUCACCAUCGCUGCGAGGAGGAGCCCCUGAUGGAGAGGGUCGAGUCUGGGAGAGAUUUGAGGGCCAAGAUGUACGCGAAGCUCAGCAAGGGGAACUCCCUCGAUGGCGCCAACCUUGUCGGGCCCGGUUCCGGUCCGGACGUGGGGUGGGUCUCUGAGCUGGUCAUGUGAAGGCCGAAGAAGCAGCUUCGAGUCCUCCCCGAGUCGACUCGGAGCUCGAAUUUUGUUUGGGUCGAAAGAAGUGAUUUUUUGGGGCCGAUGGGCCGUGUUCGGCAAUCGGGUGACCUGUUGAUUAAUCUCUGACUCGGAUGUGUGAAUAUAUCUCGUGUUCAUUUCCAUUGUUGAUGAUGAUUACCUUCCUUCUUCUCAAGGUGUAAAUAUUGGCUGGCGGGAGAGAGAUUUCAAGUCUCUGUUUUGUGGUCCGAUGACUUUCCAGUUACCUCUCUUUGUAAAUGAAGUUUCAGUAAGCAUUCUUAAAAUAUUCGCAAUGCAAUUGCAGAUUUCUGUAUAGGAAGAAACAAGAACGUGGAAGUUCAAUCUGGGGUUGGCUUUUUGGGGCUUGUAUCGUUGAUUAUCGUUUUCUGGUCAAGUCCUUGAAAUCUCUGUAUCGUCUCAUUUUCUCGGUUUAUAAAUGCUAAUUUCCCU